CUGUUCCUGUCACACAGACACCGCCACUGCAGCAGCACACACUACGGGCGGGCCCCGGACAGAUGACACCCCGGAUUGGGCGCGGCCUAGCCCGGGUCCCUGCUCUGCUGUCAGUGUAGCCGCGUCCCCUUCCAGCAUGGCGGCGCGCAUGUCCCGGUAACUCGCGGUCUCUGCUCGCCGUACAGCGGACGUAUAGCUGCGGACCCGCCUCUCCGCCCUCCCCCGGUGCUGCCUGUCCGGGCCCAUCCCAAAUCCAGGCCGCGGCGGUAACAGGGGGAGGCCCGGCCCAGCGUAACCAUGACAACGGCGGCCAGCACAAACUGCUAACUGCUGGGGCCAGGUGGUGACUGGAGGACUGAUCCGAUGAUGACGAUUGGUGGUAACGGCGUGAACGGAUUAGGGAAGUGCCGCAGCAGCGACGAUACGGUUCUUACUGACUGAGAAGAGGAAGGAAGUCAUUGAGAGUUUUGUUUUGGUUCUUGCUGAAUCUUGGUUUGGUCUCGCACACAUGCAGUAGUUUGUAUCCGUGAUCCUAUGUGUGGUUGUCCUAAAUGAUCAGCCCAGUUCUAUACUAUGAAGAAAAACGCCAAAAGUCCCAACAUGAGGUCACCGCGCUCUACCGCCAACCCCAGACCCCCCACCUCUUACACCGCUAGAGGGGUUGGCAGCCGGAACCUCGAGAUCACCGAAGAAAGUGACAUUUCAGAGUACGAAAUAGAUAAAGGUGAUGACCCUGGAGUGCGCUAUAUCACUGAGGUUCUUAUCCGGAAAUUAUCCAAACAAGAAAACUUGGCUUUCGUUACCUCGUUGAAUCUUUCUCUGUCUAAGGAAGGAGGAAAGAAAUUUAAGUAUAUAGAGGGCCUGGAUAAAUGUGAUCGGCUGGAAGUAUUGAAUCUCAGUUACAACCUUAUUGAGAAGAUUGAGAAACUGGAGAAAUUGACGAGGAUCCGGGACCUGAACUUGUCCCACAACAGGAUCAGCAAAAUUGAAGGCUUGGAGCACUUGCACAGCCUGCAGAAGCUGAAUCUGUCUGGAAACGAGAUUGAGCACGUACCUGCCUGGCUCGGGAAGAAGGUGAAAGCGCUGAACAUCUUGAAUCUAAAACAGAAUAAGAUCUUUUCACUGCAGGAUGUUUCUCGGCUGAAGCCUCUAAAAGACUUAACGUCGCUGUUCCUCGCUGAUAAUCCAAUCGCCAAUCUUCCUCAUUACCGGCUAUACACCAUUUUCCACCUGCGCUGUUUGAACUCUCUGGAUGGACAACCAAUAGUGAAUCAGGAGAGGCAGGACGCACAUGACCGGUUUAAUAUAGAGGAGGUAGAAAAACUGGAGAGAGACCUGGAGAAAAAGAUAAAGGAGAUGGAGGAAUUGCAGAGCCAGAAGACGAAGGUCAGCAACGAGCUACAGAGCCAGGAUGAGCUAAACAAAUCUCUGAGGCACGAGGCACAGCAGCACAAGAAGAGCUACAAGGAGCUGGAAAGAGAGAUGGACACCAAGAGCGAGAUACGCCUCUCCGGUUAUCUCUCCACCUCUUCCUCUCUCAGCCUGUGCGUCUCUGUAAAGCUAAAGCAGAAGACGCUGGAGCUGACGCGGGCCUGCCAGAAGCAGUACGAGCUGGAGCAGGAGCUGGCUUUCUACAAGAUAGACGCCAAGUUUGAGCCGCUGGGAUACGUGACUUCAGAGGAUGUAGAUCUUGAGGACGCCCCUGAAGAAAGCCCGUACAUCGGCAAAGCCAGAUAUAAGAGGAACCUUUAUGCUCAGGAGGGGUUUAUCGCAGACCGCGCACAACAGAUGCAAGUCGGGAAGAUCGAGCUGGAUGGCGACGACCAAAUUAAGAAUCAACAGAUCCGUGCCAGGAUUCACACAACGCUCGAUGUGGACCUCGGUGACAAGGAGAGAAAUAUCCAAGCAGCCCAAGCGAGAUUAGCCGAGCUGCGCCAGGAAAUUGCGCACUCCGAGCAGCAGAUUCUCAGAGCGACGCAAGAGCUGAAAGAGCUGGAGGAGGCCGCUGCUCAGAGGAAGGUUUCCGAGGCAGAGAAAGAGAAACUUCGCCAGCAGCUCAGCAGUAAGAUCCAGCUCCUGAAUCAGCUGCGGCAGGAAGCUCAGGCGCUGGAGGGAGAACUGGAUCGCCAGCGCAGCGAGAUAGACAAGAAGCACAGGGAGAUCGAGGAGCUGCAGCGCCAUCUAGAGGCCCUCAGCCCGUGGGAUCCCAGACAUGCCCAUGUGAAGGCUCAGAAAGCCAGUAAGGAGCAGCAGCUGGAAAUGAUGGAUGGACAUUACAAGCAGCUGGAGGAACGCCUGGAUGAGAUGCUCUCCCGGAUAGCCAGGGAGACCGAGGAGAUCAAAGACCUGGAGCAACAACUCACAGAAGGUCAGAUAGCUGCAAAUGAGGCACUAAAGAAGGACCUGGAGGGGAUAAUAUCCGGCUUGCAGGAAUACCUGGAGAGCAUUAAGGGGCAGGCCAAACAAGCCCAUGAUGAAUGUCGGGAACUUCAGUCGGAGCGGGAAUUGCUGCUGCAAAGGCUGGAGGAGCUGGAAGAGGAGAGGGAGAGACUGGAGGCAGCAGCACUGGAUGCCGGAGACAUGCAGAAGGAGAUUGAAGAGCUGGAGCGCAGGCUGCAGGAGCAGCAGGAGGAGAAUGAAUCUCUGCGCCGGGCACAGGGAGACCUUGGUGCGUACGAAGCCCAGCUUACAGCACAAGAGGCCGAAGUCAGCCAGCUGAGAGAAGAGCUGGACAGGAGGAAGCGGCAAGGACAGGCAGAGAAAUCCGCCCUGAGAGCCGAGCUGGACAGGGAGCUGCGAGCGCUGGAGACUGCGCAGAGUAAAGCUCACUUGUUGGAGGAGAAAGAGAAAGAUGCCAAAAAACUCCAGUCCCAAGUCACCCAGUUACAGAGAGAGAACGCCUCUUUGAAGAAACAUCUGGAGAACCUCCAGACGCAGAUGGAUGAAGCUCUAGAUAACUUGGUUCAUCCAGAACAGAUCACAGCCAGAGUCUCCGAGCUGAAGAGGAAACUGCAGACCGGUGUUGGGGAAAUGAAGUGUUCCGGUCCCUCAGAUGUUCUUGGGCAGAGUCUUGCGGAGCUGCAGCAACAGAUGAAUGACAUUCUCAGUAAGGGGGAGGUAGAAAAGCGGGAGGCCCAGGAGAGACAGAGGAAGUUACAGGAGGAGAUCGCCGCCCUGCAGGAGCGAGCCAGGGAGGCUCCAGGGGAUUACAAGAGGGCGUGCAACAAGGCAGCCGAAGCCAAGAUUCAGCUAGAGAAGAGGCAGAACGAAGCCAGAGUGCAGGAGCUGGAGAACGAGGUCCGACAGUUACACGAGAGGCUGAGGACCAUGGAGGACAUACAGGGCCUGGCCGACCAGCAGCUGGUGGAGGCAGACGAGGAACGGGAGAGGCUGCUUGCCGAGCUCCAUGACCUGGAGAAUGAGAGGAGAACGGAGGACUCCCGGGCGCAGAAGCAGUUCUCCGGACUGAAUAAAGAACUGAAGGAACUGAAGAGAGCUCUGGCCAUGUCGGACAAAAUGGCUGCCUCAGAGCUGACUGACGCCAAAGACCAGCUCAAGUCUCUGCACGGCACAGUGCGUCAGAUCAACCGCGAGCGGGCUGAGGAAAUCGAGGAAGCGGAUAAUUUCUGCGCUCAGGCAGCCCAGGGGCUCCGGGAUCUCGCUAAAGCGGAGGCGGAGAUAGAACUGCUGCAAGAGCUGCUUCAAGACAGGGAGAAGCAGUUACACGAUGAGCUGCAGAACGCGGAGACCGGAGCCAACGUGUCCAACGCUCAGCAGCUUGAGAUCGACCAGCUGAAUCACACACUGAGGAAACAGCGGGCGGAGAUCGAGCGUCUCAAGCACUUGCUGGAUCAUGUCACAGCCGGUAACGCUGGUGAGAUCGAGGGACUGCUGGAUGACAUUGAAUCUCUCCGACAUGCUCUCAGCUGCCAGAACGAUUAUAUUACCAGCAUGGCUGACCCUUUCCGACGGAGGGGCUACUGGUAUUACGUCCCAUCUUCCUCAAAUAACUCCGGCCGCGAUUCCCUGAGCACGAAGGACUCCGGCGUCAGUUUACGCUUCCCGAUGACCUCGUCCCCGGCCAGGCGUAAAGCUGCUGGAAGAAAGGAGGAAUUUGCGCCUCCGGCUUCGGGGCACUGGGUAUAUUCUCCGUUUCGGCACGGCCAGCACCGGUGUCACAAUAAUAGGGCAGAUGAUGACGCAUGGAAUGAGGCCGACGUUGCGCCAUCCGGCCACUUUGUUCCUCCGCCUGGCUCCGUUAUGUAUACUGUGUUCCCAGACGGUACUCCCGUCCCACAAGGAACUGUAAUAUACGGAGCACCCCCACCAUCUGCCGGCAGACCGCUGGCUCCGGGAAGUGUUAUAUAUGGCCCUCCGCCUAUGGGCACUCAGUAUGUGUACGGGCCUCCUCCGCCGCAGUUCAUGCUUCCUGUCAUUCCUGCCGGCGUGCUUCACUGCAACGUAUCUGCGCACCACAGUCUGGAAAAUGAAAUGAAUCGUCUUGAAGACAUCAUUGAUCACCUCAAGUCUCGUCAGCAAAAAGAGAAGAAGACAAAGGCAAGAUUAAUGGGCGAUAUUGAAGACCUGCAAAAUGAAAGAGGAACUCUGAAGGAAGAGGUUGAACAAUUGCGUAAAUCUGCCCAGAAGCGCAAGAACUUGGUGGAAGGACACCUAGACGGGCUCCUCACAGAGCUGGAACUAGAGAGGUCCCUGCAGCAUCACGAUAACAUCGAAGACGAGAUAGAAUGCAUUGAGAAAACGCUUCUAAAGCGAAGGGCGGAGCUCCGCGAGUCGGACCGGCUGCUGACAAAGGCGGAAACUGAGCUGAAGAACACACAGGAAAAGACAAUGGAUUUGAUUGAAAAGUACAAUGCAGCCAAGAAGCAUCUGUCCCAGACGGAGAGAGACGCAGAAGAGCUUGAGAGGAGAGCGCAGGAGACGGCCAUGAACCUAGUGAAAGCCGACCAGCAGUUACGGGUGCUGCAAGCCAAUGCCAGAGAUCUGGAGCAGCACAGAGCAUCACAGGAAAAUAUCCUGCAAGAGAUAAACAGCGUGGUGACCGCAAAAGAUGCAGAGUUCCAGUCCCUUAAUGGCAAAAUUGUAAAGCUGACUGACAGUCUGCAGAAACUGCAGGAUGAUAUCCAAGAGGCGGAGGGGAAAGAAGACCACCAGCUACAGACCCUUCAGCAAGCUGAGGACCUACUCGCAGAGAAGAAGACCUCCCUAGAACGACUGAUCUGUCAGAUCUCUGCACAGCAGGAAGAGGUUACUAGGUUAGACAGGCUGUUGGGCCAGAAGAAAGAAGAGCUUCAUCUUCUCCAAGAUCACAUUGACCAGAAGAAAGGUGACCUGAAGGACGUCCUGCGGGAAGGGGAGCUGGAUGUGGCUGACAAGCGCGAAGAGAUCAAGGAGGUGAAGUCGGUGCUGAAUGAUUUGUGUGUUCAGAAAGGAGAAGUGAGCGCGCAGCUGAACGAGAAGAGAGCGGAGCUCGCCCUUCUGAGACAGGAAGUGGCACAGGAAGAUGAUAAUCUGCAGAAAAUCCUCUCUCAGAUCCACAAGCAGAAAUCCGAGCUGAAACACGUGCUGGAAAUGCAGCAGCUGGAGGACAAUGAGCUCCAGGGCCUGAAGGUGCAACACGACCAGAAGAUGAAUGACCUGGAGAAGACUCAGUCUCUGCUGCUGCAGGGGAAGCUGGAGCUGGAGAACCUGCAGAGGACGUUGCAGCGGCUACACGGCGAGGUGGACUGGCAGAGGCAGCUGCUGGAGAAGGACCAUCGUGAGAUAGAGCUCCUCAUGACUCAGAUGCACACUCUGCAGGCGAAGGUGGAGACUCUGAACAGCGAGAAGGAAUAUCUAGCGGAGAGCGGCCAGGAGCUGGAGCGGAAACUCGCCAGGAAUAAGAAAGCUUUGGCUGACACAGAAGAGAGUAACAGGACAGCGACCGCAGCAAUGGGGAAACUGGAAUCCGAUAUAAAGAGUCUGCAAAAUGAUCUGGGUCAACUGAGCAAACAGAGAGAGUUCCUGAGGCAGGAAACUGCGUCCGCUCAGCAGCAGCUGCAAGAGAAGAGGGAGGAGGUCGCGCUGCUGAAAGAUGAACUUUCUGACUUGAGGGAUCAGCUCCGGACGGUGGAGCAGGAUCUGAGGAACGCCACAAAACAUCGGGACGACAUACUGUCCAAUCUGAAGGAGGACACUGCAGAGACUGUGGCCAGGUACAAACUGCUGCAGGAGGAAGAGCGCAGCAAAGAGGAGCGUCUGAGACAGCUGCAGGGAGCCAUAGAGGAGGCCGUGCACCAGCUGACAAAACAGGAAGGGCGAUUGAAGCAAAUGAUGAAAGACGCGGAGGGUCAGGAGGAGCAGCUGAGGAAGUCGGCGGCUAAACUAGAGGACGAGCGCCUGCUGUACGAGCGGGAACAGGUACACCGGGAAAGUACCCUGGAGAUGAUAAGCAGCAAGGUCAGCACCAUGGAGGAGCGCGCUCUGGUACUGCAGCAGGAGGAGAAGUGGUGCGCCGCCCUGGAGGAAUCCCUGACCAGCACGAGACAUCACUUGUCGGAACGAGAAGAACAGUUGCGGGAGAAAACAAGUGCGCUAUCGGCGCUGCAGAAAGAGCUGGAGAGCUGCAGGAAUGACCUGAGCAGCUUAGAAGACCGGAUGGCGGCGGAGCGGAAGAGAGAUGAGAAGAGAAUCGCUGCGCUGAAAGAAGCCGUUUCCAGUCAGCGGGUACAGUUUGAAGAUGCGAGUGCGGAGCAGAAACAGGAGAAUAACACCAUAAGGAAGCAGCUUAUCUCGGUGGAACAAGCCGCCUAUGACAACCACGAGAGAGCCAAGCGGCUGCUGAAGGAGCUGAAACUUCUGGAGGCGGAACACGCCGCUCUGCGGAAAGAGCUGAAGAGUCAAGAAGAACUGGACAAGAGACAGCAAGAGGUCAAUGAAGCUGUGAGAGCGUUAAAAGCCCAAGUGAAGGUGGAGAUCCAGAGCACCCUACAGGACCUCCACUGUGCAGAGGAGGACGGGCUGGAGGAGGACGUGGGUGAUGUUCUAGAGCAGAACCAAAGCCUUCAGUCUCAGCUGGAGACGCUGAAGGAGAACUUUCCCUUCUCUGCAAACUCCGCUUCCCAGGACGAAAUGGGGAGAACUAGAAGUCGCUUAACGGACGAACACUGGCGCGGAGACGCUCUGCGGGAGAAACUCCGGCAGCACGAGGACAGACUUAAGGCCGAGCUCCACCACCGCAUGUCCAAACAAGCAGACGUCCUGAGCAGAGGCAGGCGGCAGACAGAGGGCUGUCUACAUAGCCUGCGGAGGCGGGUGGAUGCGCUGGACGAAUUAGUCAGUAACGUAUCCUCGGAUUCGCCAUUUCACUCCCAUAACUUCUCCGGUGAAGAUCUGCGCAGCCAGAGCUUAAAACCAAGUUCCAAUAUCUCUCCCAUUACUGAGCCAAGGGGCAUCUCUACCCAGAGUCUGCACCAGGACUACAUGCUCUAGGAGAAACAUCUCUCACAAGACAAGACGGAGACAUUUCUUCUACACGUCCUCAACGGUCAGAGGCCAAAGGUCAGCCUGCAGGAUCCGUAUCACCUCACUCAGACCAUCCAACGUCCAGAUCUUCCAAUACUCCGUUCGGCACAUGCACUGAUUUGUAUAUAAUAAUUUAUUAUAUAUUUGCAGCAGUUUUCCUGAAAAGAAAAAUAUUUUUGUACUGACUGAGUUUUAUAUAUAAAUAAAUCCCUUUCUUCUA